AUGGAUAUUGACAGCGAUAGCACUCAGCCUGCACCGGUCGCUGGCCAAAAGCGCCGCAAUACCGAUCAGGAUGAUGGAAGCACCUCGCCCAAGAAGCCCAAGAAGAAGAAGACGGCCGCUGUCCCUCCGGAGGCCCCGACACUCUCGCUCAAAGAUCUGUGGCAUCUCAAGAUCGGCGAAGUACCGAAAGGUGCUUUGGGUGUACAGAGUGCUCUCCAAAUUCAUCUACGUAUACUCAGUCUACUGUGCUCGCCAUACGAUGUCCUUCCUCAUAUAUCUGGCAACCUGUCUUCGCUCAUGCAGACCCGGCUUGCUGGUCCGCAGAAUGUGAAGGCAUCUGUCGAUGCCGCUAUUGCAUCGUCACGCAACACUCCUCGCGAAGCCUCUCUCAAGUUCGACGAGUUGCGCAACGCUAUCACCCAUGCUGGUCGCAAGAACAGUAGGAGCGCUAUAUUUCGCAACAUGCAACGUAUGCUCUCGUACGAGACUCAUAUCAAGUUCGCGUAUGGCGCUCUGUUCAGUCUUGGGCUUUCCGCCUGGACACCCGACAUCUACGGCAACAAUCCAGACUCGCUCUAUAACCUUCUGCACGAGACCAUCGCCAUCUCAACAUUCGAGCACAUGUGUGCUUCGUUUGCAUACACAGUCUUUGGUGUCGAUUUCGAGCAUCUCAAAGACUCCGUACUUUUACAGAAGAUGUACAGGCAUUUCGUGUUCUCUUACCUUCGCAAGAGCGGGGAAAAGGAGGCAGAGCGUCCGGGAGCUUUGAAAGAGGAAUCAGAGCUUUCGAACUUAUACAAGCGUCGUCAGAAGCGACGGCAGGGACGCUCAGAUUGGGUGAAGGCGAACGGCUAUAGCAAGAAGGUUGUCCGCAUGUUCAAAGAGAACGAGGGCACGUCGGAGGAUGAGUGGGACGAGGCGCGCCAUGCUUACGUCGCAAAAGCGGUGACGGGCAGGUCUCCGGCACUCACGCGCUUCGUUAUAUGGGUCGACGAGAAGCGUGCAAAGGUUGUGCAACCUGGAUCUGGUAAGGGCAAAACCAAACGGUCUCGGAAUGCUCCUCGCGCUCGCAUCCGUCUAUCCCCGCCACCACCACCAACUGUUGUUGCACUUCCGAUUGAGGUUCCUGUUGACUACUUCGAUCCGGAGUACUUCAAUGAAGACGUACUCCCUCGUGACCGUGCGCGCUAUGCUGAAUACGGUGUUGCUUUUCCCGCCGAGCUCUUGCGUGGUGACACAGUUACAGAGCACAUGGCCUGGUGUAACUUGUCGGAAGACCAGUUCAUGCAGAAGUACGGCAAGGAUGUCUUGGAAGACUACAACAUUCCCACUUCAGAUGAGUUGGCUCGUAUUGCUGCUUACGAAGCUGACGAGGAAGGCGAUGGGGACGAAGACGAAGAUAUAUAG